AUGGCUGAUACACGAAAAUUCAGUAAAGAUGAGGAUGAAAAUCAAGUUCAGGAUUCAAUAGAGAUUGUGACAGUGACAGAACCUUCCCCAGAUACUGCGGUUGGAGAGACAUCAGGCGGCUCUGAUGAAUCGGAUCCAGAGCCAUCAACGGCUCGCCUUGUGCUGGUUCUAUUUGGUCUCUGGGUGAGCCACUUCUACUCCACCAUGCUUGCCACUAUUAUAGAAGACAUUUGCGAUGACUUCGAUGCAUUCUCUUCGUAUUCCUGGAUUGCUACCACCUAUCCUAUUGGACUCUCCAUCUCGCAGCCAUUUAGUGGACAGCUAACAAACCUCCUGGGCCGGCGAUAUGCCCUUGUACUUUGUCUCUCAGUAUUGGCUGUGGGACAGCUGCUGUGCGGACUGGCACCCACGUUGUCGGUCUUUUUGCUAGGCCGAAUCGUACAGGGUCUUGGCGCAGGCUGCAUCGGCACCAUCACAGCUUUUGUCGAAACCGACCUGGUGUCCAUGAGGAAGCGAGCGCUGAUUGAAGGCAUUGGCAAUAUCACCUACGGUGUUACCUUGGCUCUGGGUGGCGUGUAUGGGGGCGGCGUCUCCAACGCCAUUGGAUGGAAGUGGGCCUUUCGGAUUCAAGUGCCAUUUAUAGUGCUUGACAUUGCAAUGGUCGCUUUCUACCUCAACAUCCCUCAGGGUAAGAGCCGUCCGAUCAGGCGCCCAGUCGAUUAUGUCGGUAUGGUUGCACUUCUUGUUAUCAUCAUCCUCUUCCAAUUCGGCAUGAACGCCGCCGGUUCGGUGUUUUCGUGGGAUAGCGCGGCCGUGCUGUCGACCCUGAUUCUUGCCGGAGUGGGGUUUCUUGGGUUUAUUCUAUGGGAACUCUACAAAGCCGAAAACCCUCACAUUCCCAUCCGAGCCUUGAUGCAACGCACCGUGGCUGCCUCGCAACUGAGCUCGUUCUUCUCCAACUUCGGCAACACCAGCAUCAUGUACUACGUGCCCGUAUAUUUGGAGGUCCUUGGCCAUUCCCCCGGCCAAAGUGGCCUGCGAUUCGUCCCGCUGGCACUCUGCUUUGCGCUCGGCUCCUUCGCCGCCGGAUUCUUCGUCAAGGCUACAGCAAAGUACUACUACAUCAAUUUCCCAGUUCAGGUUUGCUCUGUGCUCGGCGCAGUCAUGCUCUGCACCAUGACUCAGUCCACUCCCUCCUGGGCUCCCUUCGUCUAUCUUGGCAUCUACGGCGCUGGGUCCGGUGGCGCCUACGUGACCAGACUCAUGGGUCUUCUUACCUCCACCGAUAAGCAGCACCUGGCUGUGGUUCAAUCAUGUUCCUUCACCGUUCGUAACACUGGCACUACCAUCGGCCAGACCAUCUCGGCCACCAUCUUUCAAAACUUAUCGGUCAAGGCUAUCAGUUCACUAUUUCGCAAUCAACCCGGUUUGGCCGACCGGAUCUCGCAUAACUAUAGCAAUUUAGACCUGUUAAGUGGCAUAGAGAAAGAGACCGCUAUCCGCAUAUACCUCCGAGCAGCGCGUGGCGUAUUCUUUCUCGCCAUGGCGGUUCUGGCUGCCGCUGCGGUAUCUACCUUCGUUAUGCAAAAUAAUGAGCUAGUCGAUAGUCCCAAGGAGAAGGAGGAGACGAAGGAAGAGAAGGAGAAGGAAAAGAAGGCGGCGUCAUAG